GAUGCCGGACCAAGAGUUUGACCAUGAGAGGGAUCUCCUCGCGUUUAAAGACUGGCUUUUGAAGCAACCUCAUCUACCUCAUGAAGUCGACGAGAUCCUGCUCCGUCGUUUCCUACACAGCAGCCGCUACAGUAUCGAGCGGGCGAAGCGCAUCCUCGAUCUGUUCUUCACGAUCCGCUCCAAUGCCCCCGAGCUGUUCUGUAAAAGGGACCCUUGGGCACCAGAGAUAAGACGCGUCUUUGAAAUCACAGACCUGUUGCCUCUUCCCAACAAGACAAAAGAAAACCACCGGAUUUUCAUUUACCGCCUCAACAACCCCGACCUGGACUUGUUUAACUUCGUGGACGCCGUGAAGACCUUCUUUAUGCUGGCUGACACCAGGCUGACGGAAGAAGAUGACAUUCCGGCUGGAGAAAUACCCAUAUUCGACGCCGCCAACGUUUCCUUGAAAUUCAUCGGCAAAGUGAACUUGUCUGUACUACGGAAAUAUAUGAUGUACUCACAGGAAGCAAUGCCUAUCAGACUGAAGCAGGUCCACGUGAUUAACGCUCCGUCUUACAUCAACAAGAUUCACGCUCUCUGCAAACCCUUCCUCAAGGCGGAUGUCGCUAAAUUGAUAAAGUUCCACGAACCAAAGUCGGAGACCCUCUAUGAGGACGUGCCACAGGAUCUCCUCCCCGAGGAAUUCGGCGGGAACGCGGGCACAAUCGAGCAAAUCAAGAGACACUGGAUCAAAAAGAUUGAGUCCAAGAGAGAUUGGUUCCUGACCAACGACCAGCGGUGGGCGGUGGACGAAGCCUCGAGGCCCUCCAGCUGCAAGGAGAGCGCAGACAAAGUCAAGGACCUACCCGGCUCCUUUAGGACGUUAGCUUUAGAUUGAUUUACCAUCACAAAUACCGAAUGAUGGUAACUACAGUACAAGUAGGUACAACCUAACAUG